UCACGCCUCGGCAGGAAGUGACGACUGUGGCCACGAGCGUGACGAACGGCUUGUUCGAAAAUACAACAAGGAAGUGACCGUUUUAUUGUGAAGGAAAAUAACCACCGGAGCAAACAUCUCCUCGAAAUCGUGGGGUCGCCUCGCUCGGUUGUUGGGUGUCGGGGGUGGGCAAAGUCACCGUGGACUUGCCCGAGAGCCCGUUCGCGAUCGUCUCGAGGGAUUCUGCUUGUAGCCAGCUAGCUAGCUAGCGAUGAACACGGACGUGGAAUUUCACAUCAGGCAGAAUUACCCGUGGAACAAGCUCCCUGCUAACGUCAAACAGAGUUUGGGGAACUCUCAGCGUGAGUAUGACAAGCAUGUGCUCCUGUACAGCAUCCGCAACCAGCUGCGAUUCCGCAAUAACCUAGUGCGCCACGUGAGGAAGGAUGAGCGCAAGUAUUACGAGGAGCUCCUGAAGUACAGCCGGGACCACCUGAUGCUGUACCCCUACCACCUGUCUGACAUCAUGGUCAAAGGGCUGCGAGUCACUCCGUUCUCAUAUUACAUAGGAAUCAUGGAGGAUAUUAUGAACAGUGAGAAGAGUUACGACUCCUUGCCCAACUUCACUGCUGCUGACUGUCUGCGGCUGCUCGGCAUCGGGAGAAACCAGUACAUUGACCUAAUGAACCAGUGCAGGUCCUCCAAAAAAUUCUUCCGCAGGAAAUCGGCGCGGGACCUCCUACCAGCCAAACCAGUGGAGAUCUCUGUGGAGCCGUGGUGGGUCGCACAGACAGGCUACAUCACUGAGGACGAUAUCAGGAUCUGCUCUCCAGCUGAGAAAAAAGCCAUCGACAAGAUGAUAGAUUCUGGUCCUCAGCUGGCUGGAUCAAUGGAGUACAAUGUGGUGUUAAGCUUGUACAACCGGGGGUUCAUCUACUUGGAUGUUCCCAUAUCUGACGACAGCUGCAUCUCAGUGCCCCCGCUGGAAGGCUUUGUCAUGAACCGCGUCCAGGGCGAUUACUUCGAAACGCUUCUCUACAAAAUCUUUGUGUCUAUUGAUGAGCAGACAAAUGUAGCGGAGCUGGCGAGCGUGCUGGAAAUUGAUCUGGACUUAGUUAAGAAUGCCGUCUCCAUGUACUGUCGACUCGGCUUCGCUGUAAAGAAAGGUCAGGUGUUCAGCUCGGAACAGCUCCACCCCACCUGGAAGAACGCCCCAUCUGUCAACAGGCUCAAGAGCACCAUGGACCCUCAGAAAAUGCUGCUGUCCUGGGAGCAGGGCAGUCCUGUCAUGGAGGGAGGUUCCUCUGCCACUGACACCGACACCACCAGUCUGGAAGACCAAGCAGACACAGCCAGCGUUAGCAGCCUGAGCAUCCCGGCAGCACCUACCAAGAGGAUCGCCUUCCUCUUUGACUCCACCCUUACAGCCUUCCUCAUGAUGGGCAACCUGUCUCCGAACCUUAAGAGUCAUGCAGUGACCAUGUUUGAGGUGGGUAAGCUGUCUGAUGAGACUCUGGACAGCUUCCUUGCUGAGCUGGAGAAGGUGGAGAGCACCGCAGAGGGCGAAGCCCAGCGUUACUUUGACCACGCUCUGACCCUGAAAAACACCAUCCUCUUCCUGCGCUACAACAAAGAACUCACUCAGGACCAGGGACCUGAUAUCCCUAAUAUAGGUUUCCCCUUGGACAUGUUGCGUUGUGAGAGCCUGCUGGGUCUGGACCAGGCCACUUGCAGCCGCGUCCUUAACAAGAACUACAAGCUGCUGGUGUCGAUGGCGCCGCUCAGCAACGAGAUCAGACCCAUCAGCAGCUGCACGCCUCAGCACAUUGGCCCGGCCAUCCCUGAGGUGAGCUCCAUCUGGUUCAAGCUGUACCUGUACCACGUGACCGGUCAAGGCCCACCGUCUCUGCUGCUCUCCAAAGGCUCCAGGCUCCGUAAACUCCCAGACAUAUUCCAGGUUUAUGACAGGUUGUUGAUCACCUCCUGGGGUCACGACCCCGGAGUCGUCCCUACGUCUAACGUGCUGACCAUGCUCAAUGACGCCCUCACACACUCUGCUGUUCUUAUCCAGGGUCACGGUAUGCAUGGCCAUGGAGAAACGGUCCACAUCCCAUUCCCCUUCGAUGAGGAGGAUCUGAAGGGAGAGUUCUCCUACUCCAACAUGUGUGUACACAAAGCGCUGCAGAAGCUGAAGGAACACGUGGACCUGGAGCACCAGUGCGGCUACGUCACCAUGCUCAACUCCAACAACAGGCACCGUCGCAGGCCCAGCGACAGCGCCGAGUGCAGAGGAGACACUCAUCUAGGCGGAGGCCUGGACACAAAUGGCAGCACUGAGUCCUUUGAGCUCGUGACAGAGGAGAACAACGGGGAAAGCAAAGGAAAGACAGACACCCUUUCGUCUGAAGACGAGUGGGUCCCUCUUGAACUGUGCUUCGGCAUGCCUCUCUUCAGCUCCGAGCUCAACCGCAAAGUCUGUCGAAAGAUCGCCUCGCACAAACUCUGCAGCAACGAAAGCCUUCAAGAACUACUUCACUCGAGCCGGAAGCUAUCGCUGAAGGUGUUGAGCUUUGUUCAGUCAUUCCAGGACGGCAGCCAGCCCUCCGACCUGGACAGCGGCGUGUCGAACCCUCUCAGUCAGCCCCCGGCGGAGUCCGGUGUCCCCCUGCCCGCCCUCAACCUCCUCUUCAAGGACGGACAGCUGAGGGAGUGGAGCGGGCGGGCCCCUCCUCCUCUGGACAUCUCAGCCCUGCAGAAGGACCAACCCACAUAAACCUACCCCCACCCUCAACCCCCCCACCCUCAACACCUCACCCCAGAAUUUCCAGAUUUGGUCAUGUGGGGAAAAAAAACAAACAAAAAAAACGACAUCUCCUUGAACAGGGCUGCCCUCUCUUGCAGCAUCAGCGUCUCACUGAGGAAAUUCUUACUCGAGGUCAAACCCUGCGUCUUCAUAUCCGAUCACAAGGAAAACUCUCAGUCAUGAACUUUGCCCUUUUGUCCACCAGUUUCCAGUCAUAGGAAAGUUAGCCUUGCCAGCACUACCUACUGUAUGAGGAAUCAUCCUUGCCAAAACUAGUUUGAACCCUCCCUCCCCUUCCUUCUCCUCCUCCCUCGCUGUUCCUCCUUUGUGAUUCCUCGUAUUUGUAGCAAGGCAGUGUUAUCUGUUGGAGUGGUGCUAUUAUCACAGUAUAUAACAGUUAUGCAGGUAAACCGCAUAUAACCUGGAAGACCAUUUAACUGGAAACACAAGCGCUGUUUUCCACCAACAACACUCCCUCUCUCCCUCCUCCUCCUCCUCCUUUUCCCACCCUUCAAUCGACGGAUGUUUUGUGAUCCUUUGAGAGCGGAGUGUAAAGUGGUUAAAUAUUGCAUAGAUGUUCUAAAAUACAACCCACAAAAUAAGCGAUCAAGUGUUGAACAGACUUCUUCAGGAAUCAUUUGACAAUAUGCAUAUAUUCUAGGACCAAGUCUUUGGACUUGCCAGACAAAAUGGAGCGAGUCCAAAUACCGACUCCCCCUCUCUUCCUCCUCGCUGCCUCCCUGUGUCGUCUCAUGUUAAGUGAUCUGAUGCAUGAUACUGUUGCACAACUUGUACCAUUUAAAAAAAAAAACUUUCCUCUUUACUUGUAAUCAAUAUUGGGCAUUUUUUUUAUUUGCACUGGGCAGGAUUUCUCAAAACCUGUAGAUGAAGUAAUUUCAUUUAAUUUUUUUCCCCCCUGUAGUGCGUACAUGAUUUUAGAACUCAAGUUUAACACGAGGAAGUGGGAUUAAUGAAGUCUAUCUCAUCUUUCCUCUUGGAAAGUCAGAUAUGUUAAAAAGUCACUGCGCAUCAGAGAAACUGCUGUUUUUUAAUCCUUUGUUAUCAUUCUUUCUCAGUGCAAGAGAACACCAAAGACCUUUUUUUCCCCCCAGUCCUUCCUUUUUAUUUUGUUGCCUUAUUACUGCCAGCCAAUCAGAAACUACCAGGUCUUGGAUCAAAUCAGCUGAUUUGAUUUGCUUAUGUUUAGUUUUUGCCUUUUUUUAGAUUUUACAUUUUUUUUCAAACGAUUAAUGUGCAUCUGAUUAGUGUAUAUAACCAAAAAAAUCAACAACCUUGGGUCACAACCUACCAACCAUCACCCCUGUGCAAGAAUUCAACACUCUUUACUGAGUGUACCUAAUUGCAUAGGAUGGGAACAGUUGGGUCUGUGUCUUUGACCCAGGCCUGUUUGCCACUGUUCCCUGCCAGUAUCUCUCCCUGGAAGAACUCCAGUUUGUGUGCAGUGCAGCGCAGUGCACUCUUGGCCAGCCCACCACACUCUCUGGGGGAUUCUGUUUACACCAUGUUUUGAAAAAUGGGGUUUGUAGUCUAGAGAGAGUGAAGGCAACUUCGCUGUGAAGGCUGUCACAGACCCAGGGGAUGGAAAUGCUAAUGCUUUGCCCAGCUUCUCAGAGAAGUGAUGGCCCAAAAAGUGUCUCAAGUCUGUCAUGAAUUUUCAGAGUGGCUCCAAGAAUAUAGAGUACUUUAUAUUGCAUUUAGAAUGGUAACCCAUUUUGUUGAGUUUUUUCUUUCUUUUUUGAGGGAAUCAGCCUUCUGCAGUUUUUGACCCACUUGUGGUUGUUGUUUCUAAAAAUGUGACGCUGAAGUAAAAAAAAAAGAAAAAAAAAGAAAAAAGACUUAACAUGAGGUCCUGUUGAAGCAUGAUGACUGUGUAGAAACUGUUGUGUGUAUGUUGUGUAUGCGUGCGUAUCGUACACCUCAUUCUUGGUGUGUUUUCAUACAUGCCUACCUUUCACAAUAAGAGCCCCCCCACCCCCCGUUCCUGCCUGUCUUUUAUCUGGUUGCAGUUAUUCGGUCAUCCCAGAUUUCCCCCCACCCACCCCCAUCCUCUCCCAGGUAUACACCCACCACAGUGUUUAAAAAAUGCUAGUUUUAUAUGUCAGCCUAUAUUUUAGGAAAUCUUUGUUGUAGCUUGUUUAAUAGGACUGUGAAUAUCAUUGACCGAGUAAAUGAUGAUGCUCUUGUAAUUAAAUGGGUUAAAAAAAAAGAAGAAAGUGACAUUCCUUUAACAUGCCCUCCUCUUCCAUUCCUGCUCCAUCUCCCCUCUGCUCCAGAUACAUGUUAUUACUACAAAUAAAUAUGUAAAAAGUAUAUGAAAAUAUAAAUAAAUAUGUAAUAAGAACAAACCUUUUCCUCCCUGAAAA